UUCUUCUCAUCGUGGCAAUUUCCUCUUCCGAGCCCUCCUCGGGUAACGGGUUUCCCUUGUUUCCAUCUAUUGCUCUGUAUCUCUCUUCUCUUUAUCUUUCUUUCUUUCUCGUCUCUCAAGUCUUUUCAAGAGAUACUACUAUCCGCACAGCACUACUACAUACACCUGGGUCACCCACAACAGCAACAAAAGACCACGCUACCCUGCAUUUCUGCCCAUCUGGCAUCUCCUGACGGGCAUCUUUCGGCACGUGCCUCCCGAGUGACACAACCACACAACCAAACUCGGACUCGUGACGCACGAACUUUCCCACUCCCCCUCAGAGGUCCAUCCAUGCGACCACUUUAGAUCGCCAGGAACGACACUUUUCGUCUUUAGUUUCGCUCCGUUCCGUUCUCUCCUUACCACCACCACCAUUACUACUUUAUUAUUACUACGGACCACUAUUCUUCUUCUUUAGCUCCAUACUCCGUACUGCUGGUUUAAUUAUCACGACGCCCAACGCAAGCCCGACUCUUCCUCACAACAAACCUUCAUCCUUCAGCCACCCCUCUCUCUUACCCUCUCACCCUCACACACAGUCUCUCUGACUCUUACUCUCUCACACGUGUAUAAACACACCUUACACGCACGCGCACACACGUCCAUCCCCUUUUAGACGACGCAAGCCAACCAACAAGAAGGACGGAAUUCCCGUUAAUACUCCAAACGUCUUACCCCAACCCGCGCUUAAAGCUGCUGGGCCGCUUGCUUGUUGCUCGUUAAGGUACCUCACGGAGUACUUGCUGCAGCUGCCCGACCUGCUGGGCCGCCCCCGAAUUCCAAAAAAAGAAAGACAUUCCUGCAGGGUGCCCGCCGUGUGCCGCCCUUCGCCCGCGCCCUGCCUACCCAAAAAACCCUGACGACAUUCCUGCCUACCUCACAGGCUCGCGGCCACAGUACAUAACCAACCCGAACCCUUCACGCCACGCGCCCCCAGGCGGCCGCUGCAAAACCACCACUUUACGCUCGUCAGCCUCACUGUUGAGCAAAGGUACUCCCAUCUCGUCGCCUUGCGUCUCGUCGCUUUCCCACCGCUCCACCCGACUCGUCCACUUCGCUUCACCCGACGCUCCUUCACCACGUCUCGUAGUACGGUAACUAGGUUCAAGAUGGACCACCUCCCCAAGUUUCGCAGAAAACCAAAGAUCCCGACAAUCUCCACAACAGACGUAAAGACCUCUCCGUCCCGAAACGGCAUCGAUGAACAACAGCCGCCUCAGCAAAUAUACCCUUCCACAACCGUCACCGUCACUGGCGGCCGGUCCCCGACCCCGACCAAGCCCGGCCUGCGCAAGUCCGCUUUCCGCGGCCUACACCUGCGCAGCUCCGGCAAGCGCUUACGAUCCCCUCCUCCGGCCUCCCUGCCGCAGUCGCCGCCCCCCGCGAUCGUCUCCCACGACGGCAUCACCUCGUCUCCGAGGCCAAAAGAUAAGGAUGGCAGUGGUGGUGGUGUUGGCGCUGGCAGCAAGGACGACUCGACCUCGUCCGGUAAGAGCAGCCAUGAAAGCUUCAGGCCCAAGCCGAGAAUACCGGCUUUCUUGAACCUUUCCGUACCAGAUUUAGACAAUAAGUUCCAGGAGCUAGUAUGGCAGGAACGCAACCGUCUGGCUGCCGGCAUGGCUCCCGAUGCUGACGAGACCACGAAAUGGGGCUCUUACAAGCAGGUUGACAUGCGCAGAGGCCCGCAAGAUCGUUACUUCAACAUCAAGCCCUGGAAUCACAACCGCAUAAAACUGCGCGUGCCCGCAGAAGAGCUCGACUACGUCAACGCCUCGACGAUAUCCCUUUCUUCCCCCUCGAAUAAGGAGCUUCCUCCCCUGCGCUACAUUGCAAUGCAGGGUCCGACAGAGAACUCCCUGGACUUUGUCUGGCGCAUGAUUGCGGAGCAGCCCACAGAUCCCGUCGUUAUCGUACAGCUCACUAGCUUCUACGAGAACAACCAGGUGAAAUGCUACCCUUACCUGCCAAUGGACGAAGAGCACGAACCCUGGGUCAUCAACGAGACGGACGGCUGGAGCGACGGCUGGACCGCUACGCUGACCUUUGACUCUCUCCUGUCCCUCGAGAACGGCGCCAUCGAGGUGCGCAAGCUCCUGCUGCGCGUAGGCGACGAGGAAGAGGACCGCAUAGUCUGGCACCUACUCUACACCAAAUGGCCCGACUUUGGCGUCCCCGCCGUCGACGACCUGUCCAGCUUCUUCACGCUCAUGCGUCUCUCGCGCGAGUACAACACAACCUCGGAGAAUCCGCGCAUCAUCCACUGCAGCGCGGGUGUAGGACGAACAGGCACUUUUAUCACUCUGGAGCACUUGAUGCGCGAGCUCGACGAGGGCGCGCUUGACGACUACGACGGUGCCGGCGAGGGCGACGACCUCAUCUUUGCGACGGUCGAUGCCCUCCGCGAGCAGCGCCGCAGUAUGGUCCAGGCUGAGUCGCAGUACUUGUUCCUGUACCAGGUGCUGCGCAAGCUGUGGCAGGAAAAGUACGACGUCGAGGACAGUGACGGGGACAGCGAGCCCGCAGCUAAGAGGCUGGAGGUUGAGGACUCGUCGACCGAUUGAGUGACGCAUGCCGGGUUUACUUCACUUGACGAAAGAGGAAGACUACUGGAUGAACGGCCGGGGAUGAGGCACGGAGAUACCCCUUUUUUUUUCUUCUUAUGGAAAGGUUGAAAGGACAUAAACAAUUAUGAUUUAAUCGGCAGACUGUGGCGGCAUAGCAUGUGUAAUUUCGAGAACUUGUAUACCAAAGCAAGCAACAGCAUUACCAGGCGUUAUGAUUUGGGAGAAAGGGGGAAAGGGGAGCGGGCCAGCAUUGACUGGGCAUGAGGAAGCAAGCAUACAUGGACCGGUGAUGGAAAUUGUAGGAGUAUUCUGAGGCGAUGAGGGAGGUUCAAUGAUUCAGGGUCAUAGCAAACGGCUCAAGGUAGACGAAGCCUCGAGGGCAGAAGAGGUCCAAGAAGGAUUUUGAGUUAUCAUGGUAUUUUCGUGGUGAGAAGGAGAGAGAUAUCAUAGGAAUAGUUGCGGUUUACGUGGGCCCCCCGUCCGCCUAGAGCGGACCAGAUGGCUACCUAUGAAAUACACACAUUCCCUUCUUCUAUAAGAACAAGAAAAGGGG